GGGUAGGUGUAGGCAAUGAGAGUCAGUUGGCAAUGGUGAUCACCUCAAAAUAACAAAAACUGAAUGUGACCAAGCGAUGCCAAUAUACCUAUACGCUAGCAAUACGUUAUUCCCGAGCGCCGCCGGCGACCGAUCCAGUUCGCACGACGCGCUUGAGAGUAACGGGUGUGUGAAGGUUUCGCGCCAUUUUCAUCUAAUUUUUCGAGUUGAUAAAUCUGAAGAUGCCGAAAAUUCGUCUCAGGCAGACUAAUAAAGCUAAUUGGACUAUCGACCAAUUGGAAAAAGCUAUAAAGCUUAUCGAAGAACAAAAUUUUUCAAUACGGAAAGCAGCAAAGACAAUGAAUAUUCCUUUUGCGAGUCUUCAUAAGAGGUACAAAAAGAAUACAAUUAAGGCACCUCGUCUCGGCCGUAAUACUGUCUUCACUCCUGAGAUGGAGAAAGAAUUAGCGGACAUAAUUAAAAAAAUGGCCAAUUUAUUUUAUGGAUGCACUCCAAAGCAAAUUAAAAGAGCGGCAUUUGAAUACGCUGAAGCUCUGAAUCUGAAACACAGUUUUAAUACGAGUUCAAGAUUAGCUGGUCGUGUUUGGUUUGAGGGAUUUGUUGCCAGAAAUAAUAUUUCUGUGCGGAAGCCCGAAGCUACUAGCAUCAACAGGGUAACGGCCUUCAACAAAACUGAAGUUCAACGAUUCUUCAAUCUGCUAGAAGAACUAAUGGGAAAAUACAAAUUUCUACCUAAAAACAUAUACAAUUGCGACGAGACAGGCAUUUCUACAGUCCAAGAGCCUGAAAAAAUAUUAGCUGCAACGGGACAAAAAAGAGUGGGGUCUAUUACAAGUUGGGAAAGAGGUAAGAAUAUCACACUGCUCUGUGCAAUGAGUGCUUCAGGAGGAUAUGUCCCGCCAAUGUUUAUCUACCCCAGAAAGAGGAUGACCCCAACUCUUCAAACGGAUGGCCCAACAGGAGCAAUAUAUAAAUGUUCGGACAGUGGAUGGAUACAUGAAGAACUUUUCCUUGAAUGGCUGCAGCACUUCACCCAGCAUGCCAAACCUUCUGCAGAAGAACCGAUUCUACUAGUAUUGGAUAAUCAUGCGAGCCAUAUUUCACUAGCCAUCUAUGAGUAUUGUAAGAAGAACCAUAUUCAUAUGCUAUCUUUACCACCCCAUACAUCGCAUCGCAUGCAGCCAUUGGAUGUGUCCUUUUUUGGUCCAUUCAAAGCUGCUUAUAAAAGAGAAUGCGAUUUAUUCAUGAAGAGCCAACUUUUACAAAGAAUUACACCCUAUGAUGUUGCCUCCUUGGUCAGAAAAGCAUUCUCUCAUGUAGCCUCUAUGAGCAAAGCCGAAGCAGGCUUCAAAUCAACAGGAAUCUUUCCUAUAAACCCAAAUAUUUUUACCGAUGAAGAUUUUAUGGCAGCAGAAGUUCUUCAAGAGUCAGUUGUUAUUCAAGAUCCUACUGAAUCUAUAUCAGAAUCUAUUUCUGUUCGUGCUGUGGAUUCUGUAUCAGUGCUAACAUCUACUAAUGAGCCAGAACAAAAUUUUCCUAUUCCGAAUCCAUCCACAUUCUGUCCUACGAAUGCUCCAGCGACUGCAUCAUCAUCUCAAUUUGAUAUUCCAUCAACAUCUAAGAAUCCGCCAAACAUUCAUAAUUUCAUUCAGAUGCCCAAGAAAGCAACUGCUAAGACAAGACAAGGAAGAAAGAAACAGCAUGCAACGAUCUUAACAUCCACACCAAUCAAAGACGAUCUAGUUGAAAAAGAAAAUAAGAGGAAAGCUAAAGCUGUGAAAAACAAAGGAAAAGGAGUAGGCAAGAAGAGCAAGCCACAGAAGGUCAGUCGUGAGAAGGUUAAGAAAAAAAUUCUGCAAGAAUCCAAUGAUACUUCGGAGUCAGACGUGAAAACAGACGAGUUAUGCCAGGAUGACGAUAAUGACGAUGCUGAAGAUGCAUGUAACUUGUGUCUUGUGUGUGGUGAAUUCGGACGGGACAACGAAACAUGGUAUCGGUGCACUUCCUGUGGGUUCUGGGCUCACGCCGACUGUACUGGAUGGGAGUCUGCGCACAAUUAUGUUUGCGAUAUGUGUUGAUCACCAUUUCCCACAUGCUUAUCACCAUUGCCAACCAAUGCUGACAAUGGUGAUCAAACUUAUUUUUUUAUAAUUUGUUAUUGUACCAAAAAUUAAUGAACCAAAGUGAUAAAAGUUGAUCUCAAUUGAUAGAUAACAAAGUAAAGUUUAUAAUAAGAACAGAGUAAUAAAUAUUUGAUCAUUAGAUUUGCUUUUUUUUCGAUUCUCGCUUAGGUGAUCCCCAUUACCUACAUCUCCCCUA